UUUGUCCCAUUAAAUUGCUGAUGCUUAAAACAGCGUCCGUUCACACUGUUUGAAUCGUGUUUUGAACGUGAUAGACGGGCUGGUUGUCCGUCUGGGUUUCCCCUCGUCAGUGUGGCUGCUGUGGGACGAUGUUGGUGCUCAUCCAUGAGAGUUUUGGGAAGAUGGUGACCUCCCUGCAGCAUAUAAUAGUUUUAUCUAUCAGAUAUUGGCAUUAUAUCUGCAGCCCUGAUCUCUAAAUAUCUGCAUCAGCCAUUAAAAAAACUAAAAUUCAGGCCUACAACUAACAAUAUCUUUCACUAUCAACUAAUCUGCUGAUUGUUUUCUAGAUUCAUCGAUCAGUUUAGGUCAUUUAAUGUCAAAAAGUUGUUCUAAAAUGUUCCAAAUCCCAAACUGACUUCUUCAAAGGUUGGCUUUUUUUUUUUUUUUUUUCCCCGAAACCGAAGAUAUUAACUUAACUUAUUUAGAAGGUAUUUUGAUAAUAGAUUAAUUGUUAUAACGUCUUUACUGUGAGGGUUUGCUGCUUUCCUCUGAUCUAUAACUUAACUGUUAAUUUAAUAGAUGUUCAUCUGAAAACUCAAAUCAACUUGAACAGGUAUAAUGUUUACCAUCCAGCACACUAAUAUUUGUUAAUUAGCACUAAAUACAAUAAGUAUUAUUUCUAAAGAGAUGAAUAAAGCCGGUGCUGGAGGAUGUUUGGUGUAUUAUUUAUAUAAUAAUCUACAAUCAUCUGUUUAUAAUUAUUAUCUUCAUAAUGUUGUUUGUUCAACUAAUGGUACAAAAUGAAUUAAAAACUAAUUAAAAUUAUUUGUAGGAAAGCAAACAAAUAUUUACAUCUGAGAAGCUUUAAACAUGAAAAUUACUGAAACAAUUAUCUAUAUAGUUAGGUAAUUAAUUUCCUGUCGAUUGAUUCAUUGACUAAUCAUUUCAGCUGUACUUGGAUGUGCUGUUGGGUAAUUUAAUCUAUAACCAAACAUAAUAUUUUAUAAGAUCACUGCAUGUUUUGAAUGCUAGAAGCUUCAUUUGUUGAGUGAUUAAUAAAUGUAAUGAAGAAAGUAAAAUAUCUCCCUCUGAAAUGUAGUGAAAUAGUGUCAUGAGACUACAAACAGUACCUAAAACGUAUAAUCCAAUACAAAAUCCAUAAUAAUAAUUCAAUCAUAGUGGCAGUUAACACUUUAUAAUAAAGUUUUCUCAAUUUUCUGCUCUUAAAAACACCAAAAUCCUAAAAAAAAAAAAAAAAACAAGCAUUUAACCUUCCAACCCCGGCGCGAACUCCACCUCCCAUGAUGCAGCGCUCCCAGCGAGAGACCGCCCACCGUUGCCCGCCCACGUGAUCGCCUCCGACCAAUCGGGAGUGUCGUUACAGGCGCAAUGCGGCGGUCGGGAUGUAAGGAGGAAUGGCGACGGUCGAGGCGGUUUUGGAGGCCAGAGUCGAGCUGGAUUUGACCAAACAGAAGCGGAUCGCAGGUAGUUUAAAGACCCGUUUUAAAAAACUACAGUCAGUACAGUGGCGUGUGACCCGGAUGGUGCGUUUACGGGGAGGUUUGAACGCCCCUCACUUCCAACUAAAACUCCUAAAAUGGACACUGAAGUGAAAUUGUCCUCCUCACCCGGCGCGGCGGCACACGCCUCCACCGCCCCCGCCAACCUGGCGGCAAAACAGGGCGACAGCAGGAAGUCCACGUCCACGACUCCCGCCUUCCUCUCCAACCUGGGCAGGGCCACGCUGCGCGGCAUCCGGAAGUGUCCGCAGUGUGGCGUCUACAACGGCACCCGUGGGCUCAGCUGCAAGAACAAGGCCUGUGGGAUCUCCCUCAGGAACGCCUCGGCGGCGAGCAAGAGCAGCGCCGUGGAGGUGGUGAAGGUGAUAAUAGACAGCGAGGAGAGGGAGGGGAAGGAGGGCGUCCUGGUCGGCGGCGCCGGCGGAGGCGUGCAGGUGUUCUCGGUGUGUCACAGAGGAAGAGGAGCCACGGCGACGCAGCUCGGCUUCGUUGAACUCGUUCCCACUGACACCGCCAUCGCCACGGGCGACGGCACCACCUUGCUCACCCGCAUCAACCUGGGGCGCUGCUUCCUGCCCUCUUGCAGGCAGGGUCACAAGUCAAAUCAGGGCGAGGCAGAAGCGGCGGGCGGUGGCGGCAGCGGCGGUGGCGGCGGCGGCUCCAAACAGUCGUCCGACAGCCUCUGCGUCCACAUCAAGCAAGCCAUAGAGUGCCGCAGCCGCGCCACGCCGCUGACCUUGAAGAGCUCCGUCCUGGAGGGCCUGCAGGCGUCCGUUCAGGCGAGGGAGGAGCUGUGGGCGCUCGCCACCGAGUCCCCGGGGCCCCUGGUGCAGCGCGUCGCAAAAGACACCCUGGUGGUGAAGUGCCAUACGGAUUCCCAGCAUCCUCUGGGGCUGCUGCACCUCACCGUGGGCGCCGACGGGCUUCUGGAGGCCUCGAAGAGCGGACGGAGGAGCCGGGAGCAGCAGCAGCCGCAGGGCGUCUUCCAGUGCGCCUGUCAGGGCGGCGGCGGCGGCAGAAGAAGCAAAGCUGGCGUUGAAGGAUCCGCCAGCGCUCCCGCCUCGCUCACGCCACAACCCUGCCUUCACUUCUACGCCUGCGUGUGUGCCUUCGCGAGCGACGAGAAACUGGCCUCAGAGUUCGCCGCUUUCAUCAGCUACAACCCGAGUGGCGUGCAGCCGACCUCCACCAGCAGGGGGCCCAGCGAGAAGCCCCUGCAGCAGGUCGUACCGCUCAACUCCCACCAUCAGCCCAAGAAGCUCCGCCUCUGUGAAUCUCUCUCUGUGGCCUCUCCUUCUGGGGUGGGGAAAGAGGGAGUGUCGGCCUCCGGCCUGAGGAAAGCUGGUCAGAGGAAAGCCCCUGGUGCUGGUGGGCUGAAGGCUCCAGGUGUGGAUGAGCGUACGGUGGUGAUGGGCUUCCCCCAGUGGCUGGCCGGGGUCACAGAGAGGAUCCACCAGACGAUGCACUACCAGUUUGAUGGGAAACCUCAACCUCUGGUGUACCACAUUCCUCAGGAGUUCUUCAAUGCUCUGCAGCAGCGUCUGUCGCUGAGCUCCAAGAAGAAGAGGCUGCCCAACUUCACAACAGCGUUUGUGAGCGGCUGUUUCUCCAAGUACACCUGGCACAUCACCGACAUCAUGCAGGUCAAACGCAUCUUUGACACCCCGGAGUUGCCUCUCGAGCUCUCUCACAGCUUCGUAAAGAACGCCAACGGCUCUUAUUCGCGGUUUCGCUGCCCCGAGCCGCCGCCUGAACCUCAGUUACAGGACGGAAUAAAGACGGAGCGACCGCUGGCGAUACGACCGAUGGAGCUCCGCACCUUCCUCAAAGUCGGACCGGGCUCCGCAGACCAGAAGGAGGCGAGUCCGUUCGUGAUCGAGUGGAUCCCCGACGUUCUCCCUCGCUGUCAGAUGGGAGAACUUCGGCUCAGCUUCGAGUUCGGCCACCAGCAGAGCGGCCAGCCGGAGAGCUCGCCGGAGAAAGGAGGUCGAAACAGGUCGGACCCGAGCCAAUCCAAACUCACGAAGGCCGUUGAAGUCCUUCAAGUGAUUGUCUGAUAUUGAUUAUUGUGUGUGACUUACCCUUUAAUAUCUAUGUUAUAUUAUGCAAAGUGUGGAUAAUCAAUUGUCUGUAGAGGAGCAUUAACGUCUUUUUUGUUAAUGCUAAAUAUUCAUGUCAAACUCAUGAAAAACUACAAAAAAUACAGUAUAUUUUUUGGAAAAAUAUAUUUUUCAAGCAUUUUUAAGCAGGAAGAAGUUAAAAAAAAACAUUUAAAACAAACUUUUUUUUUAUGAAUUUGAUAAAAAAUUAGUUUCUUUCACCAUAUUUAAACUAGUUUUAAAGGUGUUUCUGUUUGUUACAACUUUAAAAGUUUUUCUAUGUAAAGCUUAAAGAAAAUAAAACACAUGUAAUGGAGAAAA